ACUCCUGAAACUCGUCGAAACGACUUUUCCAUUAUUUUUUCACGCUUUAACAUUUGUCUUUCUUCAAUAUCGGCAAUCUAUUUUUUGACUAUUAGUUGUCAUAUUUUUGUUUAUCAAAAUAAAUAUUCCUUUCAAUUACACCGUAAUCAAAGUAACUCGAUUUUAUACACUUUUCGAAUAUUUCUGAAUUCUAUUUUCGAGAGAUACCAAUCGAAAGAUAAAAAAGUGAUAACGUGAAAGAAGGAGAGAUAGAGAGAAAGAAAGAAAGAAAGAAAGAGAGAGAGAGAGAAAGAAAGAAAGAGAAAGAGAAAAAGAGAGAAAAAGAGAGAAAAAAAGGUUCGUACGAAAAUGGCGCGUAGAGACGAAAGAAAAAGAAGGAUCGUACGGUAGAGAAAGCUUUGGUCGAGAAGCGCAUGAACCAAAUGGUUAAGGAAUACGAUCGAGUAGGCAUAUCGUACUAGUCGACUGGUAGUCGUUCUCUGUCGAGCUUGAGGAAAGCACGUGUUACUUACGUCAACGAAUCCACCAUCAGCACUAUUACCAACAAAAGCACCACUGGGGUACCAGUAAUAUCGGUUGCGAUCACAUCAUUACCACCACUACCAUCGUGAAGUAAAGGAUCGUAGGCACCAUUGGGUAUUCUCUCGUCCUUCAACCCUUUAUCCCCUCCACAAUCAAAACGACCUAGUACGUAUCUUGUGAUUCGAGAUAGAAGAGCAUCCGAAUUCAUAGUACUAUCCUUCAGUACUUCGAGUAAAGCGGUAGCAACCGUUAAGAUCCUCGGUCUUUAUUAUAAUUCUCAUCUCAGGAUGUUUCUCGCGUUUAUUGUUUUUCUCUUAACCAUCGUUGACACUCGAGCUGAAAUUUUUACGAAUAGUUUCCUCGUUAAAAUGAGGCAACCGGCUGAACGAUAUUUGGCUGAUCAAGUUGCUGCUAGAAACGGAUUCGUCAAUCUUGGACCGAUCCUAGGAAGUCAAAUGGAAUAUCAUUUCGUUCACAAAGCUCUACCACAUGCACGGAGUAAAAGAUCCGUACCACAUAUGCGACGUUUGAAGGUAGACCCAUUGGUGCAUACAGCUGUUCAACAACCUGGAUUUAAAAGAGUAAAGCGAGGUUACAAUACAUUAACCGUGGACAAUCUUGCCUCCUUGUACGAGAUUAAAAAUUCACCAAAUUUAGCAAAUAAAAAUCCAACGGAUCCUUACUUCCAAUAUCAAUGGUAUUUAAAAAAUACUGGACAGAAUGGUGGUAAACCUAAAUUGGAUCUCAACGUUGAAGCUGCCUGGGCACAAGGUGUUACUGGGAAAAACGUGACCACUGCUAUUAUGGACGACGGUGUUGAUUAUAUGCACCCGGACUUGAAAUAUAACUACAACGCUAAAGCUUCUUACGAUUUUAGCAGUAACGAUCCAUUUCCAUAUCCAAGAUAUACGGACGAUUGGUUUAACAGUCAUGGCACCAGAUGUGCCGGUGAAGUAGCAGCAGCUCGAGACAAUGGGGUUUGUGGUGUCGGUGUGGCGUACGAUUCGAAAAUUGCUGGAAUACGGAUGCUGGAUCAGCCUUAUAUGACUGAUUUGAUCGAAGCGAAUAGUAUGGGCCACGAACCUGAUCUGAUCGAUAUUUAUAGUGCCUCAUGGGGCCCAACAGAUGAUGGGAAGACUGUUGAUGGGCCACGAAAUGCGACCAUGAGGGCCAUCGUGCGUGGAGUUAACGAGGGUAGAAAAGGUUUAGGCAAUAUUUAUGUCUGGGCUUCCGGUGAUGGCGGCGAAGAGGACGAUUGUAAUUGCGAUGGAUACGCAGCGAGUAUGUGGACCGUGAGCAUAAACAGUGCCAUUAACGAUGGUCAAAAUGCCCAUUACGAUGAAAGUUGUUCUAGCACGUUAGCUUCGACCUUUAGUAAUGGCGCGAAAGAUCCUAAUACCGGUGUGGCUACGACCGAUCUUUAUGGGAAAUGUACGACGACUCAUAGUGGAACAUCCGCUGCGGCGCCGGAAGCUGCUGGGGUGUUUGCUUUGGCCCUCGAAGCCAAUUCACAGUUGACUUGGAGGGACAUUCAACAUUUGACGGUAUUGACCUCAAAAAGGAAUUCGUUGUUCGAUGCUAAAGGAAGAUUUCAUUGGACUAUGAACGGCGUUGGACUGGAAUUUAAUCAUCUCUUUGGUUAUGGUGUUCUUGAUGCAGGCGCUAUGGUGGCCUUGGCUAAAAAAUGGAAAACCGUACCUCCUAGAUAUCACUGUGAAGCUGGUUCUGUCAUCGAGCCACAGAAAGUUACCAGUGAACGGUCGUUUCUGUUGAAAAUCAAGACCGACGCAUGUGCUGGCACGGAAUAUGCUGUUAACUACUUAGAACACGUUCAAGCUGUUAUUUCCGUAAAUGCUACUCGUCGAGGAGAUCUCGAAUUGUUUCUAACUUCGCCAAUGGGAACUAGGUCGAUGAUAUUAAGUCGCAGAAUCAACGAUGACGACCACAGAGAUGGAUUUACGAAGUGGCCGUUCAUGACAACUCAUACUUGGGGCGAAUAUCCUCAAGGAACUUGGCUGUUAGAGGUUAGCUUAAACUCGCAAAUACCUCAACAUGGUUGGAUUAGAGAAUGGACAUUGAUGUUACACGGUACCAGAGAACCACCAUAUACUGGAUUACCAGCUGCAGAUCCAUAUUCGAAAUUGGCAAUUGUGAAAAAGGCCCACGAAGAACGUUCGAGUGCGAUGUAACGAUAAACGACCGACAUUUCAUAUGGCCGCUCGAAAUUGAAAAUGUUCACGCGAAAUUUAUAAUUUUUUUUCUUUUUUUUUUUCUUUUUUUUUCUUUUUUUUCUUUAUCUUUUCCUUCACGCAUUCGCGUUCUCGAGAACAUCAAUAUUAAUCUUCAUUAAAUCUUACAUACUUCUCUAAAAUUUCUCUCAAAUUCGCAAAGAGACGAAAACAAAAGAAAAAACCAGAAACAGAAAAACAAAAAGAAAGAAUAGCUUUUUACAACUUCCAUUUUUAAAUUGAUUUAUAGGAACAUUUUUUUCGAGCUGACGCGUUAGGAAAGAGUUUUCAAAUAAAAUAAAUAAAAAGAAAAGUGCGACGAAAUUCGACGAACGACGAACGACAAAUUUAACGUAACAAAGAAUAAAUAAGAAACAGAAAUAAAACAAAAAAAAAAACAAAAAAAAGAAGAAAAAAAAACAAAAAAAGAAUUAAUAAAAAUCCAUUUAUUCAACUUACACAAUAUGGAAAAGAUUUAUGGAACGUUAAAAACAAAAAAGCAACAAUAAUAAUAAUAAUAAUAAUAAUAAUAAUAAUAAUAAUAAUAAUAAUAAUUAUAAUUACAAUAUUAAUAAUAAUAAUUAUUAUAAUAACACAAAAAAAGAAUAUGCACAUACAUAUGUCAUAAACGCGCGUUUUUGGCUCGUAUGAGAAAAAAAAUAUGUCCAGUAAGAGUGAGAGAAAGAGGGAGAGAGAGAGAGAGAGAGAGAGAGAGAGAGAGAGAGAGAGAGAGAGAGAGAGAGAGAGAGAGAGAGAGAGAGAGAGAGAGUGUGAGAGAGAGAGAGAAAUUGAAAUUGAAAUUUAAUAAAGAUCUAUAAUAAACGAAAUGAUUCAAUCGAAAAUUUAAUUUAUUCUAUUUCAAUGGUAACGAAUUUGAGCCUGACGCGCGCGUAGUAGUCUUUUUGGGAACAAAAAUAAUUUAUUGUGUAAAAGAAAGUCGUGCUCGUUAAUUUAACGAGCCCGUCCAAAAAAAAUUUUAGCAGAGAUAUUCCAUUAAAUUCGUUCGGUAGCGGAGUUUCAUGGUGUGUUUAGAGUUGACAGCAAUGAUUAUGAAUGCGAAAGAGAGAGAGAGAGAGAGAGAGAGAGAGAGAGAGAGAGAGAGAGAAAGAGAAAGAGAAAGAAAGUUUGUAUGAGAGCAUGAGAGAGAAAGAGAAAGAGAAAGAAAGUUUGUAUGAGAGCAUGAGAGAGAAAGACAAAAGAUCUGUGCCGGUCCAGGCGUGCCAACGUUCGAGUUUAUAAAUAAAAUCAAAUUAACAAAA